AUGGGCGGCGCUGGCGGCGCCCCCAUCCCCCUGGGGCUGUGCGAAAGCCCGCCGGCCUUGCUUAUGUCCCGCGCAGGCAGCUGCACGCUCGAUGACGCCCUGUGGCACAAAACGCUGAGCGAGGCGCAGCUCCUGGAGGUGGCUCUGCGCCUGUGCCGCCGUGUGAAGGAGAUCCACGCCAAGGGCGUCGUGCACAACGACCUCAAGACCAACAACAUCAUGCUCAGCGCCGACCUGGAUGUCCACAUCAUCGACUUCGGCCUCGCCUCGCCCGAGCACGCGCUCACCAAGCGCGACAUCCAGGACUGCUUCCCGGAUUGGCUCGCCCCGGAGGUGCUCCUGGGGGGCGGCCGCAACACUUUCGCGUCGGACGUGUACUCCGUCGGCCACGUCCUCAGCGAGAUCCACAACGAGAUGGGAAGCCCUGGAGAUCCACGACGAGGUGAGGGAAAGUUCCUCGAGGCCAUCCGGAGCGCCAUGCGCAGGGCGCCGGAGGAGCGGCCGACCAUGCGGGAGCUCAUUUCCCUGAUGGAGGCGCUGAAGGCGGAAUCCGAAAUCCCCUGA